UAGAACACGUUCACCCUGAAACCCUACAGCAAAUGUGCUGGAGACGGCAGCGUGCGCGGUAGACACUCGCGGUACAGAGGGAUCACAAGGGAUCAGCAGCUCCCAAUCAGUGAAAGCAGUUUCAAACCAGGAAGUGGCAGGAGUUAAAAUGGCUUCUAAAGAGCAGGUCGUGAAUUUAACAGAGGAGACAAUUUGUCCCAUCUGCCUGGAUUUCUUCACCGAUCCGGUGUCACUGGAGUGUGGGCACAACUUCUGCCGCUCCUGUAUCACACAGAGUUGGGACAGGGAGGAGAGAAACUCCUGCCCGGAAUGUAGAGAGGUGUUUACAGACCGCACCCUCAAAGUUAAUCGGGCCUUGGCGAGACUGUCUGAGAAAGCUCGAACACUGAGCCUGAAUACGGAAGAGAAGGAAAGUAAACAUCACUGCGAGGAACAUCAGGAAGAACUGAAGCUGUUUUGUGAAACGGACAAGAAACUGAUCUGCCUGGUUUGUCGAGAUGCGCGGGAACACAAGUCUCACAGCUUCAUACCGAUUAAAGAAGCUGUUGAAACCUACAAGGAUCAGGUUAAAUCAUCCAUACAAUCUCUGACAACAAAUAAAUCAGCCAUCCAGGAAAUGGAAGAGCAACAGAAGCAGAAGAUUUCCCAAGUCCGGGAGCAGUCACAAAGCCUCAAGUCUCACGUCACAUCUCAGUUUGCUGAACUGCACCAGAUUCUCGUGAAGAAAGAGCAGCGCAUUCUCGGAGAGAUCAAGGAGGAUGAGGAGAAGAUUCUAAGUCCAAUGGAGAAAAAUCUUCAAGACAUUCAAGAGAAUUUAAACACUAUUGAGGAGGAACUCUCAAAGCUGCAGGGGCGAAUGGAACAAACAGACAUCGUGUUAUUUCUGAAGGAGGAAGCUGGUCGCAAGAGGAGAAUUAGUGAUGAAUUCCACACAUUGUCACUGAGAGAUGGUGCCAUGCUGGAUGAAAAAUUUGAUCACCCCUACUGGUUGAACGCAGUGUUGAAAGAUAUCGUUGUUGCCAAUCACCAAGGUAAAACAUAUGGAUUCCUUACUUCUCAUGUGGGUGACAUAUUUAAGUUGUAAAUAGAUGCAAAGAUUGACCGUAAUGAUGAACUGAAGGGGAACUAAAGUUUUAUACCAGCACCAAUCUCACCUGUUGGGAAGCUUCACAGUCAAGUGGUCAGCUGGAGAUGUCAGAUCCCUGAACACAUCCAACACAGGAGCACAAUACAACCAAGACACAGACUGCUAGAUGAACUAAAACAUCUUAACCCCAUCCGCAGAAACACGCCACGAUACGAGUUUGAAUUCUACCAGGUAGCCAGCAAAGUAAACUUGACUUAAUUAAAUCAGAGAUUUUGAAAACUUGUAGGAAUUUGAUGACCAAGAUUGUCAUAAAAACACACAGGGUUCCGUCAGAGAAGGAUAUUUGUGCCACUGAUCCUGCUUGUCCUGUCAGUGACUACUGACUUUGGUUAACUCAUGUCUGCCCCCUGCUGGAGUUACGGACUUCAUUGUUAUUAACUC